AAAGGACCCCUGCGUCCUUGUCCGUCCUGCGGAGCCGCCGCCGGAGCGACAAGGACGCGCAACUUUCGGAGGCGGCUGGCGGCUGGUGUAGUCCGGGUCCUGCGGAACUCUGCAGCCCGAACAGCUGAGAGAUGCUCUGUGGCGUGUCCGAGUGACGUUCAGGGCGACUUGUGUUAACGCCAGGCCAGGGCCUAAGGCGUCGCCGCCUCUGGCUGCCUCGGCAGGACAGGCCAGGCGGGGCGAAGGGCCGGGCGCAAGGCGAGACACUCGGACCUUGGAGUAAUACUCCAAGCUCGGACUGCCACGCCACACUGCCAGAGAGGCGCCUUAUCUGCGCCGCAUGAGUUCCUAGGGAGGACCCGCCCGGCCAAGAUAUGACCCCGACCGCGACCCCGCGAGGACUGGACCGCCGUGGUAUAAGGCUCCGAAAAAAAGCCAAAGAAUCUGACGAAUAUCUGCCAUAUCCCUAUGGAGAUGGCAAGGGCCAAUCCAACUUUGCUCUUCCGACUCCAACGUUCCACCUUGUUUUCUUCCUCCUUGGCUUGGCAGUUGUCUUCGGAAUUAUUGUUUACGUUGAAAAACAGCUCCCAACCCCCUUGAUGAUUGAGGAUGAAGCGAACAACCCAGGAAAAUUUAUUGCUGAACGAGCAAAGAAUACGUUAGUUAACUUAACCAACAUUGGUCCCAGAGUGACGGGAAGUUACGAAAAUGAAGUACUGGCUGUGAAUUUCCUCAAGAAUACUAUAGAAUCCAUCAUUGAGCAGGCCAGACCCAUACACAAAAUAGAGCUUGACUUUCAAAAAAUCAAUGGAUCUUUUCCACUUACUUUCCUUGAUGGAAUGACACAUGUCUACUACGAUGUACAGAAUGUUGUGGUCAAGUUUGGGUCCGACAAAGGGUCUGAACAUAGCAUUCUCAUGAACUGCCAUUUUGAUACUGUCAGCGAUAGUCCUGGUGGAAGUGAUGAUGGGGCAAGCUGUGCAGUGAUGCUUGAAAUUCUGAGACUAUUUUCAUUAUCAAAGAAGCCUAUAAAACACAAUCUUGUUUUGUUGUUCAAUGGAGCUGAGGAAAAUUUCAUGCAGGCAUCCCAUGGAUUUAUUACCAAACAUAAAUGGGCUAAAGAAAUCCGGGCUGUGGUAAACCUUGAGUCCUGUGGAGCAGGAGGGCGAGAGGUCAUGUUCCAAUCUGGGCCAAAUCAUCCAUGGCUAAUGAAGAUUUAUUCACAAACCGUCGGGUAUCCAUUUGCCUCAUCGCUAGCACAAGAAAUUUUCCAAAGUGGUUUUAUUCCUGGUGAUACAGAUUACAGAAUUUUCAGAGACUUUGGCGGUGUGCCAGGGCUGGAUUUUGCAUGGUACCUCAAUGGUUAUGUGUACCACACAAAGAAUGACAACGCAGCCCACGUUCCUCUGGGAUCCCUCCAAAGGACUGGAGAUAAUAUGGUUGCUCUUGUUACGGGACUUGUGUCUGCUGACGAGUUGACCAACACAGCACAGCAUAAAGAAGGGAGAAUAGUCUUUUUUGACGUUCUAGGGGCAUUUAUCAUGUUCUGGUCAAUUUUUGCUGGUGAUAUUGUUAAUAUUGCCACUCUGCUGCUCUCUGUAUACUCCAUGUCAUCAAAUAUGAAGGAGGCAAUCCACAGAGGAUUAACAAAGAAGCAAUACCUGAAGCAGUUGAUCUCCUGUGCUGGAGUGGUGCUUCAGUCCUGGUUAUUGGCACUCUUUUCAGCAGUUGCGAUUGCCCUCACUCUGACUGCCUUGGGUCUCAGCAUGAGCUGGUACGCCAAGCCUGUUUGGAUUCUUUUCCUGUAUGUGUUACCAGCAAUGUUCGUCCCAAUGAUGUUCCUGAUGUACAAAUCUCAGCAACAACGCAAGACUGUUGUUUCUCCUUGGACAUUAUUCCAACUUUAUUAUGAUGGGUACCAGCUGGUGUGGUCAACCAUGCUCUUACUGUCGACUGUUAGUCGUAUUCAGUCUGCCUUCAUCCCACUUUUCUGGGUGGUGUUCCCUACUGUAGGAAAUCUCAUUCGUCUGAAAAUUUUCCUUCAUUGGCGAGACUGGAAAUGGCUGCUACUACAUGCCACCAUGAUGUUCCUCCCAUUUGUUCAGUGUGCAUACAUGACUCUAAAUGCCGUUCAGCUGUUCAUUCCCAUCAUGGGACGAACUGGAGCUGCGAAUAAUGGAGAGCUGAUUCUUGCUGUCCUUUGUGCUGUCAUGUUUAGUUUACUUUUCAGCUACAUUAUUCCAAUGAUUCUGCUGGUUAGGAAUCCAAGACAAGUGCUUUCCCUUCUAGUUGGCAUUUUUAUCGCUUCCCUUGGAGCCCUUAUGUUCACACCAUUAGGCUUCCCAUACUCUGGGGAUCCAGCCGGCCUGGCUCAACAAAGAUUCGCAAUACUGCAUGCUGAGAGAUCAUUCCACAACAUCAAUGGUGAAUUGACUAAUCGGGAGUCAGGGUUUUGGGUCGUUGAUUUGGACGUCAACAGUCCUGCCACCGUGAAAGGCAUUGUGCCUGAGUUUGACAAUGCUGUACCUGUCACAAAGGACUGUGAGACAUACUUGUACUGUGGCAUGCCUUACUUUAUUCCCAUUCUUUCUUUCAUUUGGAAAACCCAUUGGAUUAAAGGGCCAGAAAUAGAUGUCCCUAUUAAUACCACAUUUAAGCUUAUGUCUCGGACGGCGGUGUCACAGUCUGUCCAAAGAUUAAGUUUUCAUGUUACUGGCCCAGAUCACAUGGGCCUCAUGGUGUCACCAGUUAAAGAAAUUGAAUUACUCCGAUGGAGUAUGCUCAGCGACCCACCUUUGGCGGGACCCAAAUGGAAUGGCAGGGAGACAUACUUUGUGUACUUUUCCUAUGCUGAUAAACCCAGGCCAUGGAUCUUUACACUUGACCUCAGGGUUCCCGAUGGCUGGGAUAAAGCUGUUUUAGAUAUUGCUUUGACCAGCCACUUCGUGCACGGCCCACAUCAAAAGUCCAAGCCGUUUAAGAAGUUGGUGGAACAAUUCCCAGCUUGGACCACAGUCACCGGGUGGCAAGCAACUUACAAGUCAUUUAUCGUUUAGUGCCAUUUACUACUCAAAGCCUUUGGUUUAGAUUCAAUUCAUUUUAAAUUUUAUUUUCAAUUAAACUUUUAAAGCUUGGCCCUUUUUGCACUAGGGUGAUGUUACUGAGUUGUGUUUCUCAAGUUAAAUGAUGCAGAAAAUUUCCUUGAAUCGUUGAGCUUUUUUUUUACAGUAGUUGUUUUUAAAAAUUGUUUUUAAAAUGAUGUGACUUUCAAUCUGCGGUGUCCCACAUCUGUAACUCAUUUUGUGCUUUUUGGAAGUGAGACAACAAUCUGCAUUACUCAAAUGCAUUUGUGGAAAAUUUUUAGCUGUCAUUGGUCCAAGAUGUAACAUGUCUUCUCUCUAUAUGAAUGUCAGUGAAGUGAAGUCUGACUGCAGCAAUUGUAUCUAAACCUCUGGGUUUUUGCUUAAGACUGCAUACUGUCUGCAUAUCUGGUUUUGGUUGCCACCUGCCUAAAUUGGGUACUAGGUGAAAGAAUAUUGUUACUGUGGUGAUUUCCAUCUAUUAUAUCUGUGAUAGCAGUUAUUCACUUUCGUUAUUGUAAACUAGAAGAGCUUUAGGUUGUGACAUAAUGACCUGCAGGGUUCUCUUGCUCUAUAAACAGUUGAUCGUUUAAAUGUGGCCUAAGUGUUCAAUAAUUCUCUCAAAUGUGUCAAUGUCUAUCAAAUAUGGUGAAAUCUUCCUUUUGUCAUUUUACACUUACUGUAAUUACUUUUUGAGUUGUCUUUUUGUUUUUGUUUGAACCCGUUGAAAAUUUAUUCAUCCUCCAAAGUAGCUUGUUGCAUUUCGUAAGAUAUAUUGUUUCUUUUCUGAGAUUACCGAGCAGCUUAUGAACUUAUAUUCUAGAGGCCAUCUUAAUUAAGGUUGUGGUGGUUCUGAGUUUAUAUGCGUAAGGGUUUCAUAAACCUCAUGUUUGUACUUAGCAAUUUAAUUAUCUGAAAGUAUAUGUAGUGUUGCAGUUUAGACAUUCCUGUCUUUCUAGUUUAGCUGUAGAUUGGAAGUUUGAGAAUUACAUUUUCUUGUGACUGAUAUCCAUUUGCUGUUCAUGGCUAUGGUUUUGACUUUUCCUUUCCCAUUUUUAGUGUAGUAGUGUUUUACAUGCCUCUGUGCCUUCUCUAUUUCAAGGGUUACCAAAACAUUACUACAUCAGAACUUUGUGGUCUUAUAUACUUUUAUAUACUAGUCUUAUAAUUUCUGUGUUAUUUAGCUUUAUUCAAUUCCUAAACUCUUAUUUAUCACAGGUGUGCUCCUAAAUAUUUCCUGAAAAAGAAAAAGCAAAACUUCUGCUCUGAUAAAAAAAUAUACGUAAGCAAUUUUCCCAGUGAGCACAAUUUGUUAAGACUGGUUGAGAUCAAGUUGUCACUUCUUGAAUGCAGAAUAGUGUGUGAUCAUUGUUUGUAUGAUAGUUUUGGACGUCAGUGUUUAUAGUGAUGCUAGAAUUAAGACAUAAGUACAAACACCUUUAUGAACUACCUUUCAUAAUAUAUCUGUUUAAUAUUCUGACCACAGUUGAUUGCAUGGAAGGAAAGCCAUGUCAGUGGCACUGUCUGAAAUAAAUUAGAAUAACAACAACAACACACACAAAUUUGGCCUGUUGUGUCGUGUUUGUUCUGAAAUUAUUUUUCUUUUGUAUAGGAGCAUGUGUAGUAUGGGGUGUUACCUGUAAUGGUGUCUCUAUGGUUAUGGCUAUGUACAUUGUAUACAUCUCUGGUCCAGCUCAAUUAUAAUUAUUUUAAUAGGUAAAUUAUAGCAGUGUAUCAGGAAAAAAAUGCUAUAAAGUGCCUUAAUAUCAAAGUAUUUUUACUGCUCGAAAACACCUAAGAGUUUUAGACUAGUGAUUUAGUCAGGGUUCUUGUUCUUGUUAUGUUGUUGGGGAGUAGACUAUGAACAGUUCCUCUCAAGAUCAAAUUUUGUGAUCGUUAUUUAGGAAUGUGGGUUUUACAGUAAGAAUCAUGAGAAGGGAAUUUUAUUGUGAUAUGUCAGUGUAUUGAAGUAGAGCACAAAUGCCAUCUCAUGAUGAACUUGUUUGUCACCUAUAUCACUGUACACAUUUUUUAAGUUGAAGCGAUUUUCAAAAGUUAAGCUGUAUUGUAGUUGUAGGUGUGUCUCUUGUAAUUAUUUAUUAGUAUUUACAGCCACAAUUUUCUUCCCUCAAAAGAUUCUGACCUGAGGAGUGACAGGGUUUAAAUUUUAAAUCCGUUAUAUAACACAAUGUCUCUGACUUUGAAAAUUUCUUGCUGUAUUCAACAGUAGCCAUGGAUUUGUAUUUCAUGAAAUACUCAUCAUAAUACCAUUAUGUAGAAAAAGUGAAUGCAAUGGAUUGAUCCAAUCAUAUGAUUCAAAUGAAUCAUGAAAUCACCUCAUGUGAGACAUCAAAAAGGAUUUUGAUCGGGCUCAGCACAGAGCUUGCAAAACAGUCGAAUAGAUUCCGUGUACUUCCAAUGGUGGUCUGUAGGCAUCUUAUUGUCAUUAUCCUCUUUUAUCAUGCUGCUUUUAUGUGAUAACUUUUGCAUUUUGGAAAGGUUCAAUAAAUGGAUUUGAAAUAUU